AAAAGAGAGAAACACAUGGAAAGUUUUUGCAAACACAUCCAGGGUUGGAGGGUUUUUCUGUCUACAUGGCACAAACAAAAGAGCAGCUUCAGAUGUAGUUUGAGGAGCUUCUCUUAUCCAUGUGCCUGCUGCCUUGACCCUGCAGAUGAGAGGGGGCCACCAGCCCCUCUGCUUUGUCUCAGUCUUCCUCUUCAAACACUGAACAAAACUCACAGCUUUCUCCUUGGAUUACUGCAUCUGAAAACAUCAAUGGAGGAUUGACAGAAGAUUCUGCAAAAAGGAUUAAUCCUUUCUCCUUUUUUUUGUCUGAUUGUUAUGAGAUUUUCUCUAAGUGGAAUGAUGUCUCAGCGCUGGAGCAGGAGGCUCUGGUUCCCAUUUGUGUUUGGUGCCACGCUGGUUCUGCUCACUGCUGUGGAUGCUGGACCAAACCAGGACAGGAGGCAGGCUCAGCAGUCCUCAUGCUUCGGAAGUUUUGACCUCUACUUUGUUCUGGACAUAUCUGGAAGUGUGCAGAAUCACUGGAAUGAAAUCUACAGUUUUGUUGAACACCUGGCACAUAAAUUCAUAAGCCCACAGUUGCGGAUGUCCUUCAUUGUGUUCUCCAACGAGGGACGGAUCUUGAUGAGGCUGACAGAAGACAGGGAACGUAUCCGUAAAGGUCUGGAGGAGCUCCAGGCAGUUCUACCAGGAGGAGACACUUAUAUGCAUGAGGGCAUCCAGCGGGCCAGUGAGCAGAUUUACCAUGGAAACACAGAAGGUUACCGCACUGCCAGCGUCAUCAUAGCUCUGACUGAUGGAGAGCUUCUCGAGGACUUUUUCUUCUAUGCAGAGAGGGAGGCAAACCGCUCCAGAAGUCUGGGUGCCACAGUUUACUGCGUUGGAGUCAAGGACUUCAAUGAGACACAGUUGGCGAAGAUUGCUGACAGUAAAGACCACGUCUUUCCUGUAAAUGGUGGAUUUGAGGCUUUGCAAGGAGUUAUAGAUUCGAUUUUGAAGAAGUCCUGCAUUGAGAUUCUGGCAGCAGAGCCUUCCAGCAUAUGUGCAGGAGAGUCAUUCCAGGUUGUGGUAACAGGAAAUGGGUUCCUCCAUGCUAGAAACGUCGACAAAGUUUUGUGCAGCUUCCGGAUCAACGACACUGUGACCAAGAUGAUGAAGCCCCUGACUGUUGAGGACACAUAUCUCCUCUGCCCCGCCCCAGUCCUUCAGGAGGAGGGAAUGGCAGCGAAUCUGGAUGUCAGUAUGAACGAGGGCCUCAGUUUUAUCUCCAGUUCAGUCACCAUUACCACUGUGAAAUGUUCUGACGGGACCAUCCUGGCCAUAGCUCUGCUUAUCCUCAUGCUGCUCCUAGUUCUGGCUCUCCUCUGGUGGUUCUGGCCUCUCUGCUGCACCGUGAUCAUCCACGAACCGCCACCACCACCUGUGGAGGAAAGCUCGGAUGAUGAGGACUUUGACACUCCAAAGAAAAAAUGGCCAACUGUAGAUGCCUCCUACUAUGGAGGAAGAGGAGUGGGGGGAAUCAAAAGGAUGGAGGUCCGCUGGGGAGAGAGAGGCUCCACGGAAGAAGGAGCGAAGCUGGAGAAAGCCAAAAAUGCCAAAGUGAAGAUGCCAGAGCAGGAGUACGAGCUGCCGGCCGCUCGGGUUCUCAACAAUGGCAUGCAGAAACCUCCGCCACCACACAAGUGGUACUCACCCAUUAAGAGCAAACUCGACGCCCUGUGGGUUCUGCUGAAAAAAGGCUACGACCGAGUGUCUGUAAUGAGACCUCAUCCAGGAGACAAGGGAAGAUGUAUGAACUUCACCCGCAUAAAAGCACAGCCUCCUCGCUACCCCAACUUUAACUACCACCCCUCACCCAUCUGCAGCCCCCCCAGCAGAAGUCCUCCUCCACCACAGGGCUCCCUGCCGCCGACUCCUGGCAGCCCUCAGUCAUUUUCCUUUUCCCCGCUUCCAUCACCGCCUUCAACUCCUCCUGUCUCCCCCACUCCCUCACCACCCCUCACGCCGCCUCCCAAACGAGCUCUUCCUCCAACAACCAUGUACAUACCCGCUCCACCAGCGUCCCCACCCACCCCUCCGCCCUGUGCGCCUCCGGCCGGCCCGCUACCUCCUCCUCCACAGGGACCUCCCCCCGGGCGAGCCCCGCCACCCGCCCGUCCGCCGCCUCGUCCCGGCCUGUAGGGCUGUGGCAUCACACAGCACAGAGACAAAACUGAAGGACCGCAGCGAUCAGUUUGCAGAAUGUUUCCUGUGCUUUGAAGCAAGGACAUGAGAGUCUUCUGCCUUGUGGAGAGAGGCCAGAAACACUUCUAUCCAGCUAUUUGUCUACACUGACCUUUGUACACAUCUAGCAGAACAGUGCAAUUACUCAGAUGCUUGAAUUACACUCUACAGUCCAUACAAAUGAGUUCAUGCAGACCGGCUCCAGAGCAUUUGUGCAGAUGAUGCUCAGAGGUGCCACAGAAAACCUCAUAAGUUUGGAUGAAUCCUCAGGAGCCUCACGGACUAAAAUGUCUGCAUUGUCGGCCCUCCAUAAGAAGCCAACCUGUACUGGUCAUGACAUUCAAAUGCAUGCUUGUCAGUUGUAAUAUUUCUGAUUAGAGAUGAAACUCAGGCUUCUAAUGUUUUUCCGUUUUAUGGUUUCCAGCAGAUUUACAGGAAUCUGAAACUCCUUGACAUUUGUUUUAGGUUUCAGCCAAUGCAUGCAAAGAAAGCUCCUGUGAGCGUUGUGGUUUUACUUUUAAUAAGAUUUUCAUUACAUUUUUUUAAAAUAAUGUAUAUCUAAAGAAUUGUCUUUUUUUAUAUAGAAAAACUAAACAAAGAUGAAACAGACAAUGGUUUGCAAAUCAUUUUACCUUUGUACCCAGUUGAAAGUAGCACAAGGACAAAUACAUAAUGCAAAACUACAUUCGUGUACAUUUACCACUAGGUUUCACUAUCAAGGUUUGGAAGCUUAAGACAACAGCUGUUGUAAUAAAAAGUGGAAUAUUUGCUUGAUAUAGAAAUGCUUCAGCAGAUCUGUUUAUUUUUUGUAUGUUUUUUCUAUUCAAAAUAUGCCACAUAUUGAGUUUUGUCUUAUCCCUUAAUACCUUAAAUCCGUCCAUCUAUUGUCUCUGUAUCCACUUACUGUUUAUUGCAGGGUCACUGAGGAUCUGGUAUUUUUAUAUGCCCUUUAUUUUGCAAUAUUUUAUGAUAAGACCAGAAUGUGUGCACUCCUGAUUAACUCUACAACUCUUCUAUUGUCUUUCUUUUACCAGCAGCAGCAACAUAGAGAGCUGAUAUUGUCUCUAGGAUCUCACAGUCAAGAGGGAGUGAGUGCAGAGAAGCACAGAAGACCUCAAUUACUCCCUGUGAAAGCAUAUGCAGGGCAUGGCUAACACAUUCCAGAUGUCAAUAUGUUGCAUUAAUGUCGCAUGCUGGAACGGUGUGAUCUGCCCUGGAAAAUAUUAGACUCCAUUUAAUCUCCAGGAAAUGUGGACAAACUGCAGGAAAAAAAAGGCACUUGUCUUUUUGGGUUUGAAGCUGGGCUUUCUUCUGCUUAUCUCCUCUAUGCAACACUGGAUUUAUGUAGUAGUGAUUCAUGCAAAAGGACCCCCAAACAUUUAUUGAGAGCAUAUGCUGUGCAGUACUUAAAUACAUUUUGCUGUAGGCUGAAAUUCCGUGUUAAAGUCAUUUGUAAUAUUAAAAUUUCCAUUAGCUGUAGAUGCAAUCAUCAAAAUGAACUGAAAUAAGCUCUAAGCUACAUCCUUGUUGUGUAUCUCGUCAAUAUGAGCGUCACUUUUUGAAUUGAAUUAAUUCAAAGGUCUGUUUUUCACUGCUGUGAUUUACUGAGAUGCAGCUGUAGCCUGGAUAAGUUAAGGUAAGGACGAUUCAACACCACCUGUGUUCAUUUACUCGGUUAAUUGCUGUGCCGCUUUAUCCUCUGGCUGGUGAAGGAGGGCCUGCACACCGAGCUGCUUCACACAAUGAUAUUUUUCCGUGAGAAAUUACCCGUUGUCGGAGAACUGGGACCAUUUCUGCUUAGACUCAUGGCUGACUUCUACAACUGCUCUGCGGCCGCAUGUGAAACCAUUAUGAUACUGAGCAUGUGCAGUGAAAUCUUCCUGAAAACUGCGCUUGUCGUCACCAACAGCUUGGCCUUUCACCUGAGAGUCAUGCUGAAGCUGAACGCAUUCCUCCAGCUGGCGCUGGCCGGGGAACUUUUACCUCCACGGCACCUGGACCGAAGCGGGCGCCCGAGAGAGUCCGCCCGGCUUUCCUCCAUCAGCAUCUGGGACGACAGCGCCUCUCUGGUCUGCGGCGAAGAAAGGAGACCUGCGCAGUGGUUCAAGUCGGUCCAUGCGGUGCUGCGUGUACUGCCUACAAUCUACCGCCGUUCAUUGUGUGCUUCUGCGACCCUCCUGGGCCUCGUCCACAUGAUACUGCCGGCCCCCUCAGCUGGGCUCAGAUCCCUCUGGCCCUUCCGUCUCCACCGUUACAGCGUCUUGGACCUUUACGAGACCACUGGGGACAAUAUUUCAAAUGCUUGGUGGCUGCAGUCUGUGGUCCAUCUGAGGUGAUGGGGGUUCAUGUACUUGAAUUUUGUAUAUAUUGUCCAAAUAUAGAAGGGGGAAAAAAGUGUCAGCUUUUAACGCUUGUAAAAUCUCUUAACUGUAUUUUGAAUGUUUUUAAUUGUAAUAAAUUAGAUCAGAAGCCUCUUAUAGCCUCAAGCAAGAUAUUUCUGUGAAAUCAAGACAGCCUUCAGUUCUUCAAUCUACAUUCAUGUGCACCCCCAUCUCAGCCCUCCUUUUCAUUUUUUUUUUUUUUUUUUAGAAAGCUACUUUCUCUUCAGCUAUGUUUUAUUUUACUUGGCAGAAGCAGCUAAACAUUUAAGCCAUACAUGGAAAAAACUGCAUGGAUUUCAGGAAACUGCAUAAAAUUUAUGGAAGUGGUUUCUUAGACUAGAGGACCAGGGCAGACUGAUUUAUCAAAGCUCCUCAUUGAUUAUUUUGAGCCUAGUCAAAAAAGUUUUUAUGAUUUAAUUCCAUGUUUUUUUGCAGAACUGUUGCUUCAGGAAAAAAAAAGCUUGCCACACAAACAAAUCUCUAAUUAAUAGUUUUCCAUUCUUGACCAUAAAUCAUCUUGUAUUUUAGAAACUCAGCAAGUUAUUCUUCUCCCAAAAGAUCAUUAAGGUGUAAAUAUGGUACUAGGUAAAUUUUUAUUGUAGCAGAAACAAGGACAUGAGUAGUUUUUAAUUUUGUAAAGGUUGCUGAACCCAGGUGUAUUUAGCACCACCAGAGGGAGGACAAAUUUCAAUCGCUUUGUAAUCAGAAAAGUUAACUAAAGUAGUAUGAGGUCAGACUACUAAGUCAGGUGAUACAAGCAGAAUAUGGCAUUUAUUCAUUCUAAGAGGGCAGAUGCGCACAAAAAACAAUAAGAUGGAACACAAUUGACUUAUACCAGUUAUACUUCUAAAAAUAAUCAUCAGCCUAUCCUUCAGCUUUGCCAUGGAUACUAGCAUCCGUCAUGGCUCGGGUCAUUCAGUUUAACUCUACAUUUAUUCGGAGACAUAAAUGUCUCAGAAAUUGGUUCAUUCACAUCGAGUUUAUAAACGUCGAUUUAUCAGCUUAAACCUCCUGCUUGUCAGUUUACAUUUCAUAAAAUAAAAUUGCACCACUGGAUUGCAUCUUUAAACCAAAUAAAUUCAGACACUUUAUUGCAUCAGCUCUGAUAGCGUCCCUGUGGUCAUUUCAUCUCGCAAAAAGAGGGGAAAAAAAAGAUAAGGGUUAUAAAAUUACCUGCAACAAUAUAAUCCAGUUUUCUAUCCCCUUUUUUUCCUGGCUCAGGACCCGUUAAGGCUUGAUUGUAAAGGUGAUAAUAUCUUCAAACCUGAAGUUUGCAUUUCUACUUCAUUGCUUGUUGGAACUGUGCGAGUGUCGUUAUUUCCCAGGCAUUUGAAGGAAAAAAAAAAAAAAGAACAAAAACACCAAGGCUCACAAACACAUAAAGCAUGUAUGACGUUCUGCAUCAGUAAACACAACAUGAUGAUUGCGCUACGUAAACUGUCUUCAUUACAGGCCUAAACAUGUCUUCAUACAUUAAAACCCAGCUUUGCUACAAAACACAGUGGCUGAGCAUAAAAUAUACAUGUUUUGGUUUGUGAUCAUCAAAGCCGUUACACAGAUUUUUGGUUUGAUAUUUGAAUCAGUAACAUUCUCUUUAUAAAAUAAAGUACCCUGCAUUUUAACAAUAAAACAAAAUCACUUAAAAAGGAGAAAAGAAAAAAAAUG